AUGAGACUCCCAAGACUCCUCGCAUUCUUGCUCUGGCACCUGACUUGGCUGGACCUAGAUCUUAUCAGCACUGUUCUGAGUGCCCCAGACCUGGCACAGAGAACCUCAGGGUCCAGACCGGGAUUGGCCAAGGCAGAAGCCAAGGAGCGUUCCCCUCCGGCCAGAGGCAGCUUCAGGCCGGGGGGACAUGGCUUCAAUGGGGCAGCCACUAAUGCCAGGGCAAAGGGCAGCGCCAGCCAAGCUGGAGGCCUACUACCCAAGAAGGAUCAGCCCAAAAAGAUGCCCUCGAGAUCCGGAGGUCCUGAGCCCAAGCCAGAAUUCCCCCAGGCAAGGCAGGCGGGAGCCCGGACCGUGACCCCCAAAGGGCAGCACCCUGGUACCAAGGUUCCUCCAAAGGGCGGCCCCAGUUCCAGUACCUUCCUACUGAAAAAGGCCAAGGAGCCAGGGCCCCCAAGCGAGCCCAAGGAACCAUUCCGACCGCCCCCAGUCACGCCCCAUGAGUACAUGCUCUCCCUGUACAGGACGCUCUCGGAUGCUGAUAGGAAGGGAGUCAAUGGCAGCGUGAAGCUGGAAGCUGGGCUGGCCAACACCAUCACCAGCUUCAUAGACAAAGGGCAAGAUGACAGAGGUCCUGCAGUCAGGAAGCAAAGAUAUGUGUUUGACAUCAGUGCUCUGGAAAAAGAUGGGCUGUUGGGAGCUGAGUUACGGAUCCUUCGGAAAAAGCCCUUGGAUGGGUCAAAGCCAUCUAUCCCUGGGCGGCCAGCCCAGCUGAAGUUGUCUAGCUGUCCCAGUGGCCGGCAACCAGGCAUCUUGCUUGAUGUACGUUCUGUGCCAGGUCUGGAUAGCCCCCGUUGGGAAGUGUUUGACAUCUGGAAGCUCUUCCGAAAUUUUAAGAACUCAGCUCAGUUGUGUUUGGAGCUGGAGGCCUGGGAUCGAGGCCGUGUCAUGGACCUACGUAGUGUGGGCUUUGACCGAGUUGCUCGUCAGGUCCAUGAGAAGGCCUUGUUUCUGGUGUUUGGCCGCACUAAGAAACGUGAUCUGUUCUUUAAUGAAAUCAAGGCUCGCUCUGGCCAAGAUGACAAGACUGUGUAUGAGUACCUAUUCAGUCAGCGUCGGAAACGGCGGGCCCCACUCACAACGCGUCAGGGCAAGCGACCCAGCAAGAAUCCCAAGGCCCGUUGCAGUCGCAAGGCAUUGCAUGUUAACUUCAAGGACAUGGGCUGGGAUGACUGGAUCAUUGCACCCUUGGAAUAUGAGGCCUUCCACUGUGAAGGACUCUGUGAGUUUCCCCUUCGAUCUCACCUGGAGCCCACCAACCAUGCUGUCAUCCAGACCCUCAUGAACUCCAUGGAUCCAGAAUCUACCCCCCCUACCUGCUGUGUACCCACCAGGCUGAGUCCCAUCAGCAUCCUCUUCAUUGAUUCUGCCAACAAUGUGGUCUACAAGCAGUAUGAGGACAUGGUUGUGGAGUCCUGUGGCUGCAGGUAG